AUGGCCCUCCUUCAACGCAGCGUUGUCGCAUCGGUGAGCCGCUUGCUGGCCUCCGUACUUGCGCCCUACGCCGGCUUUUCCUUCAACCUUUUGGACUACUUGAGCACCUGCACCGACACGGCGCUCGUCCUCUGCAUCGUGGUGGCGCGACUCCUCCUCCUCUGCCUCAUGUGGUUCAGCCGCACUGUCGCUCCGAUCCUCUUUCGCGCUCCAGGUGGCUCAUUCGUCUUCGACACAAGCGAGGAGCUCUACGACGACGCGCGCUUCUCGAUGGUGCGCAACUGGGAUGGCGCGCACCUGUUCUUCAUUGCCCACCACGGAUACCUAUGUGAGAAUCAAGUUGUUUUUUUUCCUGGCUUGCCGGUGCUGAUACGCAGCCUUGAGCACGUCACGCGGCAACUCGCCCCUGUUCUGCACAGAAUUGCGCCAGUCGCCUUCUAUGUGUGCCUGGUGAAUGUCACUGCCUCCUGCCUUGCCGGCGUGCUGCUGCGACGUCUCACCAUUCUAACGUUUUUGGGGCCCGAAGCGGUGCAAUGCACCUGCCGAUGGCGCUCAGCCAAGCGGCCUUCGUCGACUCCUGAGUCAGAGAAGUCGAGCAACUACGCGAAGAUGCAACUCAGUGAGGCAGCGGAGGCGACGAUUCAAAGCACGACAGAGGCAACCCUCUGCUACCGCCUUAUGUGCGGAAUGACCGGCACGGUCCUAGACGCGCCUGACAUCCACGCCCCGCUCCCUGUAACUGUAGCGGAAGCGAAGGAAGCCGCUCUGCGCCGUCGCCGCAUCGUUGGUGGGGCAGUGCUGGUGUGGGUCAUCACACCCGCCAUGGUAUUCACUGUUGUAGUGUACACAGAAAGCCUGUUUGCGCUAGUCACGAUGUUUGGCCUGUACCUUCUCGCUUGGCAUGAGCCGCUGCCAUGGGCUGUGCAGCUGCGCAUCGCGUCGUAUCUGUCAAGUCUCACAACCCCUGACCCCGCUGCAACAACAACAUCAAAAGCACCGGCACAAGCACGACUUGCCCCCCCUCCCCCUCUCGCUCAGCAGUGGGCCUUGGCGACAAACACCAUCGGCGGCGGUGCCACCGCACGCAGCCACAUUCCUGGGAUCCCCUCGCUCCUACGAAACGCCACCCCUGGAGCGUCCGGGGAGAUCACGAUGGUGUGGAAGCAGAGCUUCCUCAGCAGCACAGAAGUAGCGGCGGUGCUGCUAUUCACGCUGGCCGGCUCCUUUCGCUCCAAUGCGUUCACCUUCGCUGGUUUUCUUUUCUUUCCCCUCGCUGUGCAGCUGGCGCUGCCGGCGGUGUACGAGGCGCAGGCCUCGGCAGUGCUGGCUGGACCGUCCGCGCGUAUGGCCAUGUCUGCGGCUGCAAAGCAUGGUGGCGCAGGGAAGGAUCGUCCAUGUCGUGUGGCGCGCUGCCCCACUCUCCGCCCGCCCCUGCAACGCAUACCGCAUCCGCUUCGUAUUUUUAUUGUAGCGCUGGAGUGCAUCUGCGUGACGCUGCCGUACUUUGCCAUGAACUACUUUGGCUAUCAGCGCUUCGUGCUGCAGGUGUGGAACGCCACCGACAAGGCACACAUUGGCCACGCCUUCUGGAACCUGUACCCGAUGCUGCAGAAGAAGCACUGGGGCGUCAGCCUCUUCUCCGCCUACACUUCCGCCAAUUUCCCCAACGUUGUGCUGGCACUCCCGGUGGCGCUGCUGACCGUACUGUGCAUCUGUGUCUAUUACUUAGCACCAGCGUGGCUAAACCUCAGAGCCGCGACGACGCCCUCAGCCGGAGCAUGGCGUACGACGCAGCAGCGUAUGUGGAUUGCCGCCAUGGCACUAGUGCGCUCCUCGAACGUGGUACACCUUGUCGCGCUAUUAGCACUGGCCCUGACCGUUAUGCACGUGCAAGUCACAAACCGCUUUGUCAUGGCAUGCCCGGCGCUGUACUGGCUGCUAGGCACGCAGCUUGCAGCGAGGCCGACGAGCCUCGUUAGCGAGCUCAUCCUGCUGUGGUGCAUCUUGUGGGGCAUGCUCGGCGGUAUUCUUUUUCCUAAUCACCUUCCCUGGACCUGA